AAAAAAGGGAAAAUAAUAAUAAUAAUAGGCAACUUCGACAAUAAUACAUACACCGUAGAUGGCGUCUCGCAGACACGAUCCUAACAACGCUGAAACUCUCAGGAUGUCCACGUUACAGGCCCGGCACCGUGGCCACAACAUACCCGACGGCGUGACCACAUUCAACGAGAUCGAAUAUGAUCGCGAGGGWGGAGUGUUCCUCAACCGGACCAAGAUCGUGUUGCUGGUCAUCAUCGUCUUCCUGUUGUCUGCUUUUUCGGCGUUUCUCGGACGGUAUACGGCUGAACGGCAACUAAGACAGUACAUAUAUCGUGAUUCGUUCGUAAAGAAAGCUGACUCGGGCGUUGCGGACAAUCAAAUACCAUUUUUGGCUGUUGAGCCGGAGAGUUAUAAGGUUUUUCUGGACCCGAAGUUAUAUGCCGCAGAUGGGACGAUUUCUAAACACGACGUCGAUUACACUGGCAGAGUGGAAGUGAUUUUCCGGCCUAAGACCGAUACGUCCGUUAUUAGCUUGCACGUUGGACUUUUGAAAAUCGACGGCGAAACGAUGUUAAAGCGUAGACUGAGCAUGGACACGCCAACCGAACAAGUUCUCAAAGAUGAUUCCAAAUACGAGCUCAACACCGAAGUAGACGAAAGCCAGGAGACAUUGACAGUGACUGUUGGCGAACCUCUCAAAUCCGGACACUAUUACAGUCUGUUCGUGAACUUCACGGGCACCAUCGGCCAGAAUCCCGAUGGAGGAUUUUUCAAGGUCGUUUUCGAUAACAAGGAAGUCGUAAAAAACCAAUGGUAUGUUGCCACGAAGUUAGCUCCUCGCAAGGCAAGACAUUUGAUACCCUGCGUAGAUAAUCCGAAGCAUAAGGCCAUUUUUGAAAUGAGUGUGGUCAGAAACCAGGACACAAGAGUUAUUUUUAAUACCAGAGUUAGAGCAACGGAACCAUACAGCGACAAUCUAUUCGUAGAUCAUUUCGAAAAAACCGGACUUAUCAGACCAGACUCUUUAGGUUUGUUUAUGUCAAACUUUAAGUCAAAACCUAUACAAACAGACAGCUCAUUAGAAUUGACAGUAUGGAGUCCCGAUUCUACUGAUUCAAUUGAAAUGAUCACAGACGUAGUGCCAAAAACGUUGGAUUUCAUGACGUCUUAUUUGGCAACCAAUUUUCCGACCAACAAACUUGAUAUAGUGGUCGUCCCUAGUGCGGUCAUGACUACAGCUGAAAGUCCAGGCUUAAUCAUGAUCAAAGAUUCAAUGUUGAGUACCAUACAUAAGUCAUCGAUCAUCGAGUACCAGAAAUCCGUUGAGUUGAUGGUCAUGCACGUAAUCCGACAAUGGCUAAUGCCGUUGAGAGGACUUGAUCGAGGAAGUAAUGACGACAAAUGGUUGAACGAAGCUAUCGUGAAUUUUCUAAAAAUAGUGAACAUCGAUCACAUCAAACCAGCCUGGAAUUUCGGAACUAGAUUUCCACUGGAGAGGAUUCAACCGGUCAUGUUUUACGAUAGUUGGACAAAUUCAGAGCCACUGGUUAACUAUGAACAUCACUCAGAAAUAUAUGAAUACAUACAUUCUGUGAAAGGUACAUCAAUAUUGCGAAUGUUKAACAAUACAUUUACCGAAGACAUUUUUAAACAAACCCUUAGAGAAUUCAUACACACAGAAAUUUACAAAUAUAAAGAUACAAUAAGUUUUUGGACGUUGUUGGACGAUAAUGCCAGAAACAAAUCCGUGAAAUUACCAGAAAGCUCUGCUGUCUUGCAGAUAGUAGAUACGUGGAUGAAAAACAAAAACUAUCCGUUGAUAAAAUUACAAAUCGACGGCGAUGAUUUARUUAUAAAACAAUUUCGAUUCGAUUACGAUGAACCUAAACCGACCAAUGAUUGGGUGAUUCCAAUCACUUUGACUAAUGGCGCUGGGUACAGCACAACAGUGUGGCUUGAAAACAAUCCAGAAACCAGAGUCCCAGGAUAUAUUUCAUCAUCGAAUGGUACUUGGAUAUUGGCCAACCUACACCAAACAGGUUACUACAGRGUGGCAUACGAUGACGCUCUAUUAGAUAGGAUAUCUUACGAGAUAAGUAACGGCAAAUCGUUUGACGAGUACACCGUGGCACAGUUGGUUGGAGAUAUUUUUGAAGGAGCUUUUUCCGAUGUUAUCGGAUUCAGUUAUGCCUUAGGAUUUCUAGAAAGAGUUAUCCAAAAAGCYGGCCUGAAUCCCGGAUACUGGCACGCCAUUUAUAAUGCAUUCAAUAAAAUAGAGAUGGUGUUGCACAACACUAAACAUUACGAUUCUCUUUCRGUUUAUAUGGAAAUGGUGGUUGAAAAAGCAUAUGAUAUGUUUCAAGCAAGUACAAUUGAUUCACCGGACAAAAUAUUAGGCAAAAUGGAUACGUUAAAUUUUGCUGGACGUGUUGAAUUGAAAAAAUGUGUCUGGUGGGCUAGAGAACAGUUUAAUAAUUGGAAGCAGACAACAACUGAAAUAAAUACUAUCGCACCAAACGAUCGUAAAUCCGUUUACUGUACUGCUAUGCAAUAUGCCACAAAGUACGAUCAUAGAUUUAUGUUGAGUAAAUACACAAAUGCUAAAUGGACGCCAGACAGAAAAUCCAUAGCCAAAAGCUUUUCGUGUUCGCGAAACCCACAAUUUUUACAAAAGAUAUUAACAGCGGAAGAAGUGAAAUACGACGACUUGACCGACAUUUGGCAAUCAAUUUUAGAUAAUCCAACUGCGGGYCAAUACCCAUUCAAUUACUUGAGAAACAACUGGGAAACGCUAAAUCAAGAAUAUGCAGAUACUAAUGUUGGAUUAUUGAGUACGAUGUUACAUGCAGGAAUCCGAGCUUUAAAUAGCCUAGCUGAUCUYGAAAUAUUACAGAGUUUUAAUGAAAAAUAUUUUGGCAACACAGUUGAAAACCGGAACCCGACAUUAUUGGAAGUCUUGCAUUUCGAAGAAGAGAUACUCAGACAGAAGGUUACGUGGAAGGAAAAAUAUGAAAGCGUGAUAUCAAGCUGGAUAACACCAAAGGCAGCUAAGAUCGAUCUAAGGUUCUACAAGAUUAAUGAGGAACAGGGCAAGACCAAACAUAAAACAACUGAAAACAACAUCGUAAUAAAACCAAACGCAGAAAAACAGCCUGUCAGUGGUAUAAGAACUGAAGAUAAAAACCUAGGAGAUAUUACUCCUCCCAAAACAGAUGCCUCCGUAGUAAACCUACCCAAUUCAGCCAGUGUGGCUAAUAAUCCAACUCCAUUGGUGGAAACGGGUGAAACCCCCAAACCUGUAGCGCCGAUCUCCACCGACAAAAACGCACAGCCUGCAGUGACUACAUCAGCCCGAGAAAGUACACCAGCUGCCGUUGAACAGAUCAAACCCGCAUCCGAAGAAAAAAAAACUCUCAUCGAUGAAGUCAAAUCCGCCACCGAAGAGAAGAAAACGGCCGCCGAUGAAUUCAAACCCACCACCGAAGAAAAGAAAACGGCUGCUUUAGAAACCAAACCAACCAUAGAAAAAAAGAAAACGGCUGGAGAAAGCACCGACUAA